AAUCAUCAUUAAUUACUCGCCGGAGUGUGUGUUGCAAAUGGAAAAUGCAUUAAUUAAUUGCUAUUUUGGUUUAUCUAUUUCAAUAAAUUAUGCUAGUAAUCAUCAUUAAGUACUCGCCGGAGUGUCUGUUGCGAAUGGAAAAUGCAUCAAUUAAUUGCUAUUUUGGCUUAUCAUUUAUUGCUUUUUCUGCAAUGUGGUCGUCGGAGUUUAACUUCUUUUCUGACAGUCAAAAUGACAAAGCAAAGGCAGAAGCUGUGAGGAACGCAGAGGAGCUUGAGGCCUCAAAAAAAGAGUACCAGAUGGAAUGGAGUGACUUUUCGAACCUGUUUGCACAAGGCACCCAGCUUGGGGGGGAGGGUGUGGCAGGGACAGGAAAUGUCCGUUGCAUCCAAAUGGACGGUCAAGAUUUUGCAGCCAAAAUGAUGGAAAAGGACAAUCAGGGUAUACAUGAAAAACAGUGGCUGGUAGGCACCAAAAGAGAUCUCAGUAUUUUAUAGAACUUGUAGGAUUGUUAGGAUUUGAAAAUUGUUAGCAUUAACUGCUGUGAUACAUACUAUUUUACAGGCAGAAACAACCUAUCUGAUGAAGCUCAACAAGUACCAUCAUGCCAACAUUAUCAGACUUGUCAAAAUGGGAAGAGUAGAUCAGCUGGAAAAUGGAGAUAAUGGGAAGUUUUAUCUUGUAUAUGAGCCGAUGACUUCUUCCGUAAAGGGGAAGAUUGCUGGUAUGAACCAAACUACCAAUUUAGAAUUAGAAAGAUUGAUUAGACUCUAAUUUAUUAUACUAACAAUAAACUAAAUUUGAUUCACAGUGCUGAACUGGGAGGAUAUAAAAAGGAUCCUUAAGGAUACUGCCACUGGAUUGAAGUUUUUACAUAGUCAUAAUAUUUGUCACAAUGAUAUAAAACCAGACAACUUAU